GAGCGAGAGCACGGUUGAGACCCAGGGCCGCCGCCUCUGGUGUCCAGGACAGAGCCACCAUGGGGACGACUGCCCCAGGACCCCUGCACCUGCUGGACCUUUGCGACCAGAAGCUCAUGGACUUCGUGUGCAACAUGGACAACAAGGAUCUCGUGUGGCUCAGGGAGAUCCAGGAGGAGGCGGAGCGCAUGUUCACCAGAGAAUUCAGCAAAGAGCCCGAGCUGAUGCCCAAGACUCCUUCUCAGAAGAAUCGCCGGAGGAAGAGACGGGGUUCCUCUGUUCAGGAUGAAAACAGAGACCCUAUUCGGAAGAGGUCAUCCCGCAGAAAGAUCCGGAGUGGCCGGCGGAGCUCCCAGCCCCUGCAUGACAAGGACAGGGUGGAGAAACUGGCCAAGGUGUUGGGGGAACAGGGCUCUCCUGUGCUGCGGAGGGUGACCCGUGCCACAGCUGCCGCCGCAGCCUCCAGGCCACCAGCCGCUCCGGAGCCCGCCGUGGCGCCCCCCAGGGACCAGCGCAGGAAGCUGGUGGUGGAGAUUAGCUUUGAGGAGCACCACAGUGCCGAGCAGCAGCUCACGCAGAUGAAGCUCACUGCCACCUCGGCUGCAUCGCAGGCCUCAGCCCCCGCCGCAGCUGCAGCUGCGCAGGAUGCCCCGACUUUGGUUGAGGACUCAACACCCAAGAAACCAAAGGCUGGGCGGCCAGAGUCUGUCGUGGCGAGUGCCCUGGUGACCACCCCGAAGGGGCCCAGGAGUCCAGGUGCUGGCCCAGCACGAUCCGCCUGCAAGCUCAAGAUUGCGCAUGCCUCCUUGAGGCCCCAGGACUCGCCCAGCUCCCUGGACUCUCCAUGGCGUGAGCGGGUGCUGGUUCCCAUCCAGCCAGAAAACUUUACUCCCGAAGGCUGCCGGCCCGUGCGGCGCAGCCUCACCGCCCCAGGUCCCCAUGACACGCAGACCCUGGAGUACCCCCAGGUGGCUAAGCAGGAAGGUGCCAGCCUCAGCUCAAGCAGGAGGGUCACCAAGGACGCGGCUGCAGAGCCCGCUGCUUCCAGCCGCAUCAUCUGUCACAGUUACCUGGAGAGGCUCCUGCAUGUCGAGGUGCCCCAGAAGGUUGGCCCCAAGCAGGAGGAGCCCAGCAGGGAGGCUGCACCUGCAGCGGCAGCAGCUAAGCCCCAGGUGCCUGGGAGCGGUGGGGACACCUUGCUGCCCCACAGUGCCACCGAGACCACCGUGCACACACCUGACUCACAGCCCGGCCCCAGUGACCCUGAGAUGCCCCCCGAAGGGCAGCAAGGGGCUGCAGCUGACGAAGUCGAUGGAUACCGAGAGCCACCGCAGAGCGUCAGGAGGAAGCGCAGCUACAAGCGGGCGAUGAGCGAGCCAGACGAGGAGCCUUCCCUGGUGGAUGAGGAGCUGCAGCCCCCAAAGAACAAGACGCCCUCCCCUCCCUGCCCAGCUAACAAGGUGGUGCGGCCGCUGCGGACCUUUCUGCACACAGUGCAGAGGAACCAGCUGCUCAUGACACCCACCUCAGCACCCCGCAGCACUGUCAUGAAGUCCUUCAUCAAGCGCAACACCCCACUGCGCGUGGACCCCAAGUACAGCUUUGUCGAGAAGGAGAGACAGCGCCUGGAGAACCUGCGGCGGAAGGAGGAGGCUGAGCAGCUGCGCAAGCAGAAGGUGGAGGAGGAGAAGCGGCGGCGGCGGGAGGAAGAGAAGAUGAAGCGGGAGGAGCGCCACCGCAAGGUGCUGCAGGCGCGGGAGCGGGUGGAGCAGCUGAAGGAGGAGAAGAAGAGGCAGAUGGAGCAGAAGCUCGCGCAGCUCGAGGAGAAGACAGAGAAGGCCAAGGAAGAGCGGCAGGCAGAGGAGAAGGCCAAGAAGAAGGCAAUGGCCAAGAAGAUGGAGGAGGCCGAGGCGCGCAGGAGGCAGGAGGAGGAGGCGCGGAGGCUCCGGUGGCUGCAGCAGGAGGAGGAGCGGCGCCACCAGGAGCUACUGCAGAAGAGGAAGGAGGAGGAGCAGGAGCGGCUGCGCAAGGCGGCCGAGGCUCGGCGCCUGGCAGAGGAGCAGGAGCGGGAGCGGCGGCGGGAGCAGGAGCGGCUUCAGGCAGAGAGGGAGCUACAGGAGCGGGAGAAGGCCUUGCGGCUGCAGCGAGAACUAGAGGAGAAGAAGAAGGAGGAGGAGCAGCGCCUGGCCGAGCAGCGGCUGCAGGAACAGCAGGAGAAGAAAGCCAGGGAGACGGCAGGGGCCAGCAAGGCCCUGAAUGUGACUGUGGAUGUGCAGUCCCCGGCCUGCACCUCCUAUCAAAUGACUCCGCAGGGGCCUAAGCGUCCCCCAAAGAUCAACCUGGACGGAUACUGUAACUACGGGAUGGACCUGAACAGUGACGACUCCACGGACGACGAGGCCCAGCCCCGCAAGCCCGUCCCGGCCUGGGCCAGGGGCACGCAACUCAGCCAGGCCAUCGUCCACCAGUACUACCACCCCCCCAACCUGGCCGAGCUCUUUGGGGUCAUCCUCCCACUGGACUUGGAGGACAUCUUCAAGAAGAGCAAGCCUCGUUACCACAAGCGGACCAGUUCGGCUGUCUGGAAUUCGCCACUGCAGGGUUCCCGGGUCCCCAGCAGCCUGGCCUACAGCCUGAAGAAGCGCUGA